AAACUAGUAGUGCUACUUCAAUGCCACCAGAGCUUGGCUAUGAUCACAUGCAUAGCACCACCAACAUCCUUCCCUUGAACUCGAUCAUCGUAAUUGUCGUAUCAAUCGUCUCGCUUCUCCUGAUUCUCGCCGGCUUUCUGAUUAUAGUAAUGCUUCGUAGACUAAAAUCUGUCCGAAAAAGCGGUAGUUGCAAAGAAAGUAAUGGUGGCAUCCACAAUCCCAGUUUCAGCUUCGUUGCUCAUACUGUCAUAUACUUCAACUCUAGUCCAGAUGUGAAGGCGAAUUGUUUAUAUGGAGGAAGUAUGCGUAAACCUGCUAUAAGUCGAUGUAGAGGGGUGCAAGUUUUCACUUACAAGGAGCUCGAAUUGGCCACCGAUAACUUCAGUGAAGCAAAUGUGAUCGGAAACGGAGGGUCGAGCAUCGUGUAUAAAGGGGUCCUUGUUGAUGGAACUGUGGCAGCCAUUAAGAAGCUUCACCGUGACCGAAAACAAGGGGAGCGUUCUUUCAGGAUGGAAGUGGAUCUGCUAAGCCGGUUAGACUCUCCUUUUUUAGUGGAGCUAUUAGGCUACUGUGCUGACCAGCAUCAUAGGCUUCUGAUUUUUGAAUUCAUGCCCAAUGGUACCCUGCAACAGCAUCUUCAUCAUCCUGGCAACGAAUAUCAGCUGUUGGAUUGGGGAAGCCGGUUAAGGAUAGCCCUUGAUUGUGCCAGAGCCCUUGAGUUCCUCCAUGAGCAUGCUACUGUUAUCCACCGUGACUUUAAAUGCACCAAUGUGUUACUAGACCAACACCUGCGAGCCAAGGUGUCCGAUUUCGGAUUGGCGAAAAUGGGGUCGGAUAAGAUCAACGGUCAGAUUUCGACACGCACUCUGCGGUCCACAGGAUAUAUAGCUCCAGAAUAUUCAUCAACAGGCAAGCUCACCACAAAAUCAGAUGUCUACAGCUACGGAGUAGUGCUUUUACAGCUUUUAACCGGUCGAGUCCCGGUCGACAUCAAGCGGCCUCCCGGAGAACAUGUCCUAGUUUCAUGGGCACUUCCAAGAUUAACAAACAGAGACAAAGUGGAAGAAAUGGUUGAUCCAGCAAUACAAGGACAGUAUACCAAGAAGGAUCUAGUUCAGGUGGCUGCUAUUGCUGCGAUGUGUGUGCAACCGGAAGCCGAUUAUCGACCUUUGAUGGUUGACGUCGUACAGUCACUGAUCCCUUUAGUUAAAAACUUCAGUUCGGUUAAAUCCCCCGGUUUCUCUAGAUUUAAUCGUCGAAGCACCAGUCCGAAGUCUUAGUAAUAUGUUUGGGAAUUGCAGAGCUAGAUAACUCUUUUUCCUGUUCUUCUGGUUGCAUGAAAAAAGAAUAAUAAGAAUCAACAUUGCCACUGGUGAAGUGAUGAGUUCAUACAUGGCAUGGCAUGUAACUGUGAUUUUUCCCUUUAGACGUUCAUAUUGCCCG